ACUGUACACACAGGCCCGCCAGUACUCCGCGCGGCGGCAGUAGGGGAGCGCGUGUCGCGUGUCGUCUUCCACCGCUCACAGUUACACUGACGCGCCACAACUGCAUUGUGCAUUUACGACGACAAUCGCAAUUUGCUAACCUGAAAGUGAAACAUUGCCGACGUUCCAGUGCCCCCAAGUAAAUGCUCGUUCCCGCCCGCAAGAAGAAAAAUAAACAUUGCACUUCGACGUGGCUCCCGACUGCGCCCGCCCGCCGCGCGCCCCCGCCAGCGCCUGUACAUAAUAAUCUGUGGAUUCUGUGAUGCUGACACGAACAGAGCCCUACAGGAAACUGCGUCCUAGAGGGCGACGGAGGACGUUGCCGUCUUCUAAGUAACAUAGUUCCUAAGUGUAAAGUGUAACGUUGUCAAAAUGAUGGGCAACCGGAGAAACUUAGUGUUUAGAGUGAGCAUCGUGAUAAACAUCGCGGUGCUGCUGUACGCGGCCAUGCACCUUUCUGGCACUACGAGCAACGGAAUAGACUGGGUGCCGGUCAACGUGGACGGGCAGGAACCCGCGAGGAACGCCGAGUUGCGGUAUCUGUACGAGAGGCGAGCCGAGCCCCGCAACGAGACGGAAACCAGACCCGAUGCGCUUCUCAAGACAUACGAUGAAUCCACGUCUCAAAAGACGCCGUCCACUGUUGCCACUACCAACAAAACUGCUUCUAGCACUGCAUCUGUCGUAGUUCCAUCGGAGUUGGAAAUAACCAGCGACGGUCUCGACAUAGUCGACGAGAACGCUUUAUCCGAGGCUACGCUGUUGCGGCUGCGCUCUCUGCUGAACUGUAACGAGAGGGAGUUCCUGCCGGUGACCUACCAGCGCGGCGAGUUCUGGGUGCUGAAGAACUACGUGCGCGCUGAUCACGGCGUCGUGCUCUGUCACGAAUCCAUCACCUACACCACGCACGCCGGCUACGAGUUCCUGGACAACGUCCUGCCGCUCGUAGAAAGAUGGAUGGCGCCCGUGAGCCUGGCCAUCCACGCGCCCGGCGCCGACCUGACUCCCACGGUGAACAGCAUCAGGUACCUCCGGGACUGUACGGGGAACGACCUCGUGCGCUCCUUCGUCACCUUCCACGUGUUCUUCUCGCACAAGCACAUACCGAGCACGAUACCAGACCCCGAGAGCUUCCUAAACACGCCAUACAAUUGCAGCAACAGCGCUCCCUACGUGCUAACCAACUCGACGUACAUGAAGCAGAAGAGCUUACUCUACCCCGUGAAUGUAGCUCGCAACGUCGCGCGUGACUCUGCGCUCACGCAUUUCAUCCUGCCAUCGGACAUCGAGUUGUACCCUAGCCCUAACCUGGUGCCGCGGUUCCUGAACAUGAUUGCGAGAAACUCGAAACCUCUGAACACUUCAACUAGACCGAGGGUCUUCCCGAUCAGUAUAUUUGAAGUCGAUGCCAAAGUCAAAGUGCCAUCAACCAAAACUGAGCUCCAAGAUAUGUUGAAGAAGAAGAAAGCCAUUCCCUUCCACAAGUUCGUUUGCCCGACCUGCCACAACAUACCUCAAGCGCAGCAGUGGAUGACUGCUGCUGAAACGACCCAAAUGGAGGUAUUCCACGUGGGCAAAAGAAAAGGCAAGUUCGUUAUUUGGGAGCCCAUUUUCAUCGGCACGCACCAGGACCCCUACUACGAUGAGCGGCUGAGCUGGGAGGGCAAAAAGGACAAAAUGACGCAGGGUUACAUUUUAUGUGUCAAAGACUACGAUUUCAUGAUCCUGAACAACGCGUUCCUGAUCCACAAACCUGGGAUCAAGUACUACACGAAAAACGCCAAACGGGACGCCAUCGUGGCUCGGCAGAACCAUUUCGUGAAACAGGUCAUCACACCAGAGCUCAAGAAACUCUUCGGUACGAGGGAUGGCUGUGCGAUGUGACGAAUAAAAUACGAAGACGUCUCUGUCACAUGAAAAUGUAAUGACUUAAUGUCCCCUAGAUGGGCGUCCACUGUGCGAUGCCAUAUUGUUUAGGGUCUCCGCUAGGUGGCGCGGACGCCCGCCGUAAGCGCACGCUCGCGAGUCCCGCCAAUAUGUAAAGUCCGUCACCAUUGCGCUGUUCAUACAAUUUCUUAGACGGGCGUCCGUUUUGGUAAUCCGCGUCAGCUAGCGGAGACCCUCAUGAUCGUCUUGUGGCUAUGACCCUACGUUGUGACUUGUGAUAAUAUAAUGAACGCAAUUUCUGUCUUGAUAACAAUCAGUCGUUAUUUGACGACACGAUGCUAGUUCAUUAAUCAGCCAGCUAAGGAAGUCGAUUGAUACGUGGAGGGAAAAUCUAUACCAAUAUGCCUUUGAUAACUCUUCUCAAAAAUAUUUAAAUGUAAUGUAAAGUAAAUGUGGACAAUACAAUAACAUCAACAUUUUCGAAGUUGGAUACUGCGAUAUUGUCAUUGAUAAUUCGUCACUACUUUUAAAAAAUCUCGUAUCUCACGCUGCUCCGCAAAGUUAAAACGCAGUAAGUCCAUAUGCAUUCCAUACAUACUUACUACAAAUUUCUUUUCAUUGACAGACGAAGAUACAAGUUUUUUUUAAAGUAGUGACGAAUUGUAACAUAUUAAACGUAUCCGUUCUGUGUACGGGAAAGAAAAUAAUGUAUAGAUAAGUGUGCCUAAGGGAAAGUGGAAAUUACAUAUCAAUGCUCUUGAGGAUGAAAGUUAAAAUUUAUCAAGUCCAGACAGCAUCUAAUAUACUGUGACAGCGAUUGCGGCAAAUGUAUCGUAAGGGACUAUCCACAAUCAGGCGACGCACGUCGUAAG